GUUGUCUCUUUAGAAUGAGCUGCUGCUCAGGUUUAUAUUGGGCAGGGAGCGCGGCCUGUCACUGCCUUGGCGAAACUCCCACUGGAAUACAGUCAUCCUUAUUCUGUCACUGGUGAAAACUGUGAUUGAAAGCCGCUGAAAGAAAGGAUAAAGACACUGGGAAGAACCAAAGUUCAGAGACCGUUUCCACUGCUUUCCUGGGUCUCCCAACCAUUGAUUUGCCCCUGUGGGGCAGUAUUAUUUUAGUUUGUUUUUAUAUAUUUAUUUAUUUAUUUUUGGCUGUGGUGACCGUAUCAACAGAAAGACAACAGUUUAUUGGUUGUCGGAAGAAAUAAAGACAAGAUGUUCCAAGAGGUGCUUUCAAACAUCUUGAGGUUCUAUGACUACCUUCUGAAAAGAACUGAUGCCAGAGUGCGGGAUUAUCCGCUGAUGCAGAGUCCUAUUCAGAUGACAGUCAUCUUGCUGGGAUACGUUAUCUUCGUUUUAUAUGUGGGACCACGGUGCAUGGCCAAUCGGAAACCUUUCUGCCUCAAAACAACUAUGAUUGUCUAUAAUUUCUCAAUGGUGGCCUUCAACGCCUACAUUGUUUAUGAGUUCCUGAUGUCUGGCUGGGCAACAACAUACACUUGGAGAUGUGACCUCUGUGACCCCUCCAGCAGUCCUCAAGCUCUCAGAAUGGUUCGGGUUGCCUGGUUGUUCUAUUUUUCCAAAUAUAUUGAACUUCUAGAUACGGUGUUUUUUGUGUUGAGAAAGAAGCACAGUCAGGUGACAUUCCUGCAUAUCUUUCAUCAUUCCAUCUUGCCCUGGACCUGGUGGUGGGGUGUUACUCUUACUCCUGCGGGUGGCAUGGGUUCUUUUCAUGCUAUGGUGAACACGUGUGUCCAUGUCAUCAUGUACACCUACUACGGUCUGGCUGCUGCAGGGCCGCGCUUCCAGAAAUAUCUGUGGUGGAAAAAGUACAUGACUGCUAUCCAACUGGUUAGUGUUAACUCCUUUAAAUUGUGUGAUUUAAAGGAUUACUUCCCACAAAAAUGAAAAUUUGCUGAAAACUCACUC